AUGGAGGUUGCAAUGGUGAGUGCAGAGAGCUCAGGGUGCAACAGUCAUAUGCCUUAUGGUUAUGCAGCCCAAGCCCGGGCCCGAGAGAGGGAGAGGCUUGCUCACUCCAGGGCAGCGGCGGCUGCUGCUGUGGCAGCUGCCACAGCUGCUGUCGAAGGCACUGGGGGUUCUGGCGGAGGCUCCCACCAUCAUCACCAGACGCGUGGAGCCUACUCCUCCCAUGAUCCUCAAGGUAGCCGAGGUAGUCGGAGGAGGAGGCAUCAGCGAACCGAGAAGAAGAAACUCCACCAUCGGCAGAGCAGUUUUCCUCAUUGCUCAGAUCUGAUGCCCAGUGGCUCUGAAGAGAAGAUACUGAGAGAAUUGAGCGAGGAAGAGGAAGACGAGGAGGAGGAUGAGGAGGAGGAAGAGGAGGGAAGGUUUUACUAUAGUGAGGAUGACCAUGGGGACGGGUGUUCAUACACAGACCUGCUGCCUCAGGAUGAUGGGGGUGGUGGUGGCUACAGUUCAGUCCGCUACAGCGACUGCUGUGAACGUGUGGUGAUAAAUGUGUCCGGGCUACGAUUUGAAACCCAGAUGAAAACGUUGGCCCAGUUUCCAGAAACUCUGUUGGGAGACCCUGAGAAGAGGACUCAGUACUUCGACCCUUUGCGCAAUGAGUAUUUUUUUGAUAGGAACCGGCCCAGCUUUGACGCCAUUUUAUAUUAUUACCAAUCAGGAGGCCGCCUGAAGAGGCCAGUCAAUGUCCCCUUUGAUAUCUUCACUGAGGAGGUGAAGUUCUACCAGUUGGGAGAGGAAGCCCUGCUCAAGUUCCGCGAGGACGAGGGCUUUGUGAGAGAAGAGGAGGACAGAGCUCUGCCCGAGAACGAAUUUAAGAAACAGAUUUGGCUUCUCUUUGAAUAUCCGGAGAGUUCUAGCCCUGCCAGGGGCAUAGCCAUUGUAUCUGUCCUGGUCAUCUUAAUCUCUAUUGUCAUCUUUUGCCUGGAAACCUUGCCAGAGUUCAGGGAUGACAGGGACCUCAUCAUGGCCCUGAGUGCAGGUGGGCAUAGCAAGUUGUUGAAUGACACAUCAGCGCCCCACCUAGAGAACUCGGGGCACACAAUAUUCAACGAUCCAUUCUUCAUCGUGGAGACAGUGUGUAUUGUGUGGUUUUCCUUUGAGUUUGUGGUCCGAUGCUUUGCUUGCCCCAGCCAAGCUCUCUUCUUCAAAAACAUCAUGAACAUCAUUGAUAUUGUCUCCAUUUUGCCUUACUUCAUCACUCUGGGCACCGAUCUGGCCCAGCAGCAAGGAGGUGGCAACGGCCAGCAGCAACAGGCCAUGUCCUUUGCCAUCCUCAGGAUCAUCCGUCUGGUCCGAGUGUUCCGGAUCUUCAAGCUCUCCAGACACUCCAAAGGCCUGCAGAUCCUGGGCCAUACCCUCAGAGCCAGCAUGCGGGAACUGGGCCUUCUUAUCUUUUUCCUCUUCAUCGGGGUCAUUCUCUUUUCCAGUGCUGUAUAUUUUGCAGAAGCUGAUGAACCCACUACUCAUUUCCAAAGCAUACCGGAUGCGUUUUGGUGGGCUGUGGUCACCAUGACAACUGUGGGCUAUGGGGACAUGAAGCCCAUCACAGUGGGAGGGAAGAUUGUGGGGUCCCUGUGUGCCAUUGCGGGUGUCUUAACCAUUGCUUUGCCUGUGCCAGUAAUCGUGUCUAACUUUAACUAUUUCUACCACAGAGAGACUGAAAAUGAGGAACAGACCCAGUUGACACAGAAUGCAGUCAGUUGCCCAUAUCUCCCUUCUAAUUUGCUCAAGAAAUUCCGGAGCUCGACUUCUUCAUCCCUGGGGGACAAGUCAGAGUAUCUAGAGAUGGAAGAAGGGGUCAAGGAAUCUUUAUGUGGAAAGGAAGAGAAGUGUCAGGAAAAGGGGGAUGAUAGCGAGACAGAUAAAAACAAUUGUUCUAACGCAAAGGCUGUGGAGACCGAUGUGUGA